AUGAAAUACAAAAAAUGUCUUUAUAUUUCUGUUCUAGGUAGUGCAUUUAUUUCUGUCUUAUUCCUAAAGAAGACCAUGAGGGCUGCUGAUAUAUUGGGAGGAACACUGACAGUAACAGGGACAUACUUGUUGGUGACAUUUGCUCCAAAUGUACCCCAAGAGCUCACAGCAAGACGAGUACAGAAUUACUUAGUGAGCUGGCCUUUUUUGGUAUAUUCGAUCUUAGAAAUUAUGAUAUUCUGCAUUCUCCUCUAUUUUUACAAAAGAAAGGCUGUGAAGCACAUGGUGGUUUUGUUAAUGAUGGUAGCACUACUGGCAUCGCUGACUGUCAUUGCUGUAAAGGCUGUGGCCAGCAUGAUAACACUCUCUGUGAAGGGGAAAAUGCAGUUAACUUAUUCUGUUUUCUAUAUCAUGACUGUUUUAAUGGCAACUUCUUGUGCUUUCCAAGUCAAGUUCUUGAAUCAAGCAAUGCAUCUGUACGAAGCGACAGCAGUUGUGCCCAUGAAUUUUGUGUUCUUCACCACCAGUGCCAUCAUCUCAGGGGUCAUAUUUUAUCGGGAAUUCCAAAGUGCAGCUUUGCUGAGCGUGUUCAUGUUUCUGUUCGGGUGUCUCCUAUCUUUCCUUGGUGUAUUUGUAAUUGCAAGAAAUAAAAAAGAGGAGCAUUUGCAAAUUCCUUUUAUUGACUGUGGACAUAUUCCUGGACAAAAAUUGACAGGCAAAAUACAACCAGAUUCUCACAGUUCACGCUAUGGCACUUUGAAUAAUGAAGAUGACUCGGUGAAAAGUCAAAGCUGA